AUGGGCCCCCUGGGUACCAUUUCUACCAUUGGAAGGCUGGGAAUGCUGGUCAUCACUGGCCGGAGAACCGCAAGCAAGCUAUCUCUAGCCAUCACCACUGAACACAGCCAAUUUGGCGUUGCAAUAUUAUCCAAUGGCGGCACCAUGCUGGCCUUGCUCAGUUGGCCCUUGGUGUUUGAAGCCCACUCAGUUGGCCGCAUUGCCUACUGUUUCAACGGCCUCCUGGGUCAAAAACUGGGAAUGACUCUAAUCUCCUCAGGUCGAUUACUUCGGAGCAAUACCGGCUCAAAGCAGCGUCUCAUCCACUCCAGGAUGGAGGAUAGAAGCCAGGCUAUGUGCUACAACCGGCUCAUUCUGUCGAUGUAA